AUGGCGGCGCCGGUGGAGGUCGGCGCGCAGGGCACGGUGGGCUCGCUGGUGCUCCAGGAGGUCGAGUACUUCCGGAGGAUGGAGGUCGCCGGCGGCCACGGCAAGAAGAGCUGCAGCAAGGUCGUUGCAGCCAGCGGCGGCGGCGGCAGCCCCCGGAGCAACGGCAAGAAGCCCAAGAAGAAGAAGGGUGCCGUGGCAGGCAAUGGUGGGUCCUUCUUGCCGAGGAUGUGCUCGUCGGCGGAGGUCGCCGAGGGCCCCGGCAGCGGCCGGAGGGAGCGGCCCUCCAGGGUCCGCUACCGGCCUCUGGGCGACGACGGGGACGCUCUGCCUCAGCUGGACUAG